GGCUGCCACACAGGCGGCCGAGCCGAGCCGAGCGAGCAAUAAUUCGCACCGGCACACAGGAGCGGCAGUAAUGGCCGCGUGGUGCCGGUGCCAGUGCCAGUAGCACGCAGGCAGGCAGGGGAGCAGCGCCACUGCACUGGGCACUGGUGACGCUUCGAGCCCACUCGCCACACCCUUCCCUCCCUCCCUCGCUCCCUUCGCCUCCUCAAGCCGGGCUCCCAAUCUCGCGAAGCGGCGGCCCUCAUUGGCCGGCGGCGGUGCGCGGCCCCGGUCGUUUCCUCCGGCGUCAGGUGCCCGUGAUCUGGUUGUUGCAGAGGCGGCGAGGUGAGGUGACGCGGCGGCGCGAUGAGGUGGCUCAAGUCGUUUGUUGGGCUGAGGAAGGUGGAGAGGCAGCAGCAUCAGCAGCGCCGCAAGGAGGAUGGCGACGCCGGCCGAACAAAAAGGGAUGCCGUCGAUCAGUUCCACUUCCAGGAUCAGCACUCCCAGGAUCACGCUAGCCUUGUCGGACCAGAAGAGUUCCCUGAUGGAAAUGUUCCGUCAGAAGACGAUUGCAGCACACCUUCAUGCUCAGGACCUGGUUUCAGUACACUUAGCGUGCCACUGCCUCAAACAGAAGAGGAGCUCAAAGAGAUCUGGGCUGCCACAAUUAUUCAGACUGCGUAUAGAGCCCUACUGGCUAGGAGAGCCCGCCGAGCUUUAAAAGGACUGGUUAGGCUUCAAGCCCUUGUAAGGGGUCAUAUAGUGAGAAAGCAAGCUGCUAUAACACUUCGGUGUAUGCAAGCUUUGGUCAGGGUACAAGCCCGUGUUAGAGCAAGGCGAGUUCGUGUUUCCUUGGAAAAUCAGAUGGACGAGCAACAAAAUAAUGUAGAAGAACAAACCGGCGAGGCACAUGUUCGAGAAGUUGAGGAUGGGUGGUGCGAUAGUAUAGGGUCUGUGGAAGACAUCCAAGCAAAAUUGUUGAAGAGGCAGGAAGCAGCAGCCAAGCGUGAGAGAGCCAUGGCCUAUGCCCUUUCUCACCAGUGGCAAGCAGGUUCAAGGCAACAGGCAGCCAUUACAGCUUCUGAACUAGACAGGAACAGCUGGAGCUGGAAUUGGCUGGAGAGAUGGAUGGCUGUCCGCCCGUGGGAGAGUCGGUUCCUGGGCAUGUACGCAGCAGAUGGAAUUGCCAUCGAUACCGGAGCGCAGCACGCUGAGGGAAAUGCAACCAAGGCCCCAUACAGGAAACCUGUGAAAAAGCAGGUUUCAGCUCUUCAUUCAAAUGUGUUGAUCCAGAAGGCCCGGCCCUCGAACUCAGAGGGUGGUGGCUCCUCGUCGAACCCGUCUGCCGGUUCGGCGUCAGCUAAACCGAAACGGAAGCUGCCACCGAAAGAAGGUUCUGAUGAAGUCUCGUCUCGUCUUUCGGGACUUGGUGUCCGGAGCAGUAGUAAUCCUAAGGAGAGGCCUGGACAGUUACAACCACGGGCCAACAAGAGGUUCUCCUUGCCUGGCACUGGCACAGAAACUGGCAAACGGCAAGUGAAUAAACCUGCGGUGAGCCGAUCCCCCAAGGCUACCGAAGACUCCCCAGCGCUGGAAGGGAAGCAUCGCCGUGCCGGUUCCGUUGAUCUGUUGUUCAAGAGAGUUGAGCUGCAGGCUUGACAAGCCAUCUGAAGCCCUAUCUACCGUCGUCAAGGUUUGAAGCAUGCGACGACGGCCUUAGAUUCUGGAAGGUCCAUUGGAGCAAUUUGCAUUUAUUUCUUAGCCAUAUAGGUAUGCAGUCAAAUGCUCAUCUCAUGAGAUGAGAUCUAGCUAGUGCUUGGAUAUGUAUGUGCUGGUCAGCUGGUGCCUCUAGUCCUGGAGGUUACCAUAGCUUGUACUGUUGUAUUUGUAGCUAAGAGCAAGUAUGGACUCACAUUUUCUGGGACUAUUUUUUGUACAAUAAAAAUUCUGAAAUGUUAUGUUUCAAGGGGUAACCCUGUGUUUUUCA